UAGGAAUAUUAUAUCUAUGGUAGGAAGUUUCUCUUUCUUUUUCUUUUCUUUUCUCAUUCUGUAUUUUGUACGGUAGUAGUGGUAGUACUAUUACAAUAUUUAAUUUUAUUCUGUGCUUCUGCUCUGCAAAUUCUGGAUUAAAAGUAGAGCCAAAAUGCCUCAGACCGAGUUCUACUACUUCCCGAUCAAGGCCCUGGGCGAGCCCAUCCGCCUGCUGCUCGCCUACGGCGGCGAGGACUGGAAAGACAACAGAGUCACACCUGAGGACUGGCCCAACUUCAAGCCCAAAACCCCAUUCGGCCAAAUGCCAGUGAUGGUAGUCGAUGGCAAGCAGUACGCGCAGAGCAUUCCUCUGUCUCGCUACCUCGGUCGUAAGCACGGCCUGGCUGGAUCCAACAUUGACGAAGAUUUCCUGAUUGACCAGAACGUAGAGUUCGUCAACGACAUCAGAGCGAAGGCCGCACAAGUCCAAUACGAGCCCGACGAGGCCCUGAAGGCCAAGAAGCACGAGGACUUCUCCAAGAACGUGUACCCUGGCAUGCUGGCCAAGCUGGACCAGAUCCUCAAGGAGAACAACGGACACCUCGCGCUGGGCAAGCUGACCUGGGGUGACUUCGUAUUUGCGGGCAUUUACGCAUACCUUAAGGUGAUGCUGCAGGCCCCGGACCUUGACGAACGCUUCCCCGCCUUCAAGAAACUCGAGCAGACCGUCUAUUCCCUCCCCAAGGUCAAGGCCUACGCUGACGCCGCGCCCAAGACCGACCAUUAAAGCGAUCGGACCAUCAGUACGUAAUACAUAACGGCGACCAGAUAUUUUUAUAUUGAUCACGUGAAGUGAUGCUGCAGGCAUUAAAAAAUGUGAUCAUUCAGUACAUAACGGCGCUCUAAAAGUAUCACGUAAUAAAGGUAUAACAUAUUACCCUCCUAUUUCUAUCAAGAGAAGAACGAAGCGAAUGGAAUGAUUUAUCAAGUUAUGUUAAAGAAAAAUCGAAUACCGUCUGAACUUUUCAAGAUUUGUGGUUCACCUUCUAGUAUUAAAGAUCUUGAAUUUAAAAGCACUUUGUUAAGUUAUAAGUAAUAUUAUAUUUUAAGUACAUGUUAUGUGUAAUCGCUGCAGUAAUUGUAUCUUUUAAAAGUGAAAUAAAGCUGCAUAUUAGUA